AUGCUUGUGCCGCCCCAUGGUCGCAGCUCCAGAGCCUUGAUCGCGGUCGCAUCCAGUUCGGUUGGAGCGGCGUGCUUUUCAGCUGGCUUUCAUUUGAAGGCAGUCCGGUCGCAUGUGCGUCGACAAGUGCAACUUCGGAGCCUUCCUCCCGCGUUUGCUCGCACUCCAGUAUCUGACCAGUUGGUGAUCUGGCAGCCGCUGUUUGCAGCUCUCCUUAUUUUCUCUUCAUAUGCCUUCAUCAUUUGGAAAUCCAACCGUGCGACCGAGAGCAGAGACAAGCGCAUGAGCAAAGAAUUAGAGCUCCGACGACUCCGGGGGGCACAGCUGGUGCGAGGAGGAGGCGCUGAUGUGGAGGCCUGCGAGGCUGAGCUGGAAUCCUUGAGGGAAGAAGAGAAGCGAGACCGAGAGUUAAUCGGUUUUGGGACAGCUACUCCAACAUCCCGAAGAUACUCCCUGGAACUGUCUUCACUACCUCAGACGGAUGUCAGCCGCGAAUACAUGCUGAUGGUGCCGAGACAACCAAAAAUUGAUCCCAAGUCGUCUGCGCCAUUAUCAUCAUCCGAUGAGUGGAUUGAGUCGUUGGCGGUUCUAGUUUUCACCCUGGUCCUGGCAGCAGAUGCUAGCAUGUUUGCCAUCAAUCCUAUCUUCCAGGACGCUCCAAUUCCUUUGGUACAUGCCCUGAGCGAUCGCCUGGUGGACACGACCUUCAAGGAUGGUGAAGUGAUCCUCCAGGAUGGUGAAGUCUUCCAGACUGGGAAAAGCUUCGUGUAUUUCAUUGUGAAGGGUCAGGUAGAGAUCUGGAAGGAAGGCAACUUCAUCAUGUUACUACAGCAGGGUGAAACGUUCGGCGAACUCGCGGCGCUUCGAAAGCUGCCCUUCCGCCAGGCGACAGCUAAAGCAAAGGGGGCAGUGGCCUGCAGAGCGGAUAUGGGGGCUGCAAAUGCAGAUGCAGAUGCUGCCCUCUCAAGAACUUUGGAUGGAGCCUCCCUCAAAGCGCUCGUUCCGAAUGCCGGCCCUUUGAACUGCCGCGGAAAUUGGACUCUUGUCCUGGAGCAGGCCCUGGAUCGAAUAGAAGCAGGAGAUAAGACCUUGGAUCCACACGUGGUUCAUCAGACAGAGGAGUUUGUGACGAUUCAUGAUGGCUACCCAAAGGCGGCAGUACAUCUUCUUGUUUUACCUCGUGCACGUGUGGCAGCUCUGGAAAAGUUGACGCGUGAGCAUCUGCCAAUGCUCAUGCGCUUGUCAUCGUAUGUGGCAUGGUUGCUGCAGCAGGUCGAGGGUAGACCUGGUGAUCCUGGAGUUGGAUGGAUCCACGGUGUUCACUCUGUUCCCUCACUCAAGCAGCUGCACGUGCACGUCAUGACGUUGGACUUGAACUCUCCAUGCAUGAAGAAUGCGAAGCACUUCAGCUCCUUUCUUCCACCUUUUCUAGUGUCGUUAGACAGUGUCAUCCGCGCUCUUCAAGAUGGUGUCUUCGCCGAUAGGUCUCUGAAGAAACUGGAAGAGGAUAUGAAGAAACGUUCUCUGUGCUGCCAUCGUUGUGGUGCAGACUUUGGCCGUGGCUUUGCUCAGUUGAAAAGGCAUUUGAGUGCUUGCGCCACGUCGCCAGAACCUUUUUGGCCUUCGCCGAGGCUUUGGCUUGAGGAACCUGCCCCGCGAGGUUGCAAACGCACAAUCGAAGGCAAUGACGUACAUACCAUCGACCUCACAUAG